CAUGAUUGUGAAAUAGGUGAGUUUUAUUGAUAUUGUAGAACAUGUGGUGUGUUUUCUUUACUCAAACUGUUUUCUGUUUCAGCUGAGGCGAGCUAAUCACUCAAUUUGAGAAAUGGCCUGGCACAUCCAUGUCUGCAACAUCAAGCAAAGGAAAUGCUGUCUUACACUGAAAACUUCCAUCUGCCAACUAUGAAGUGAUUACAUUACUAUCAUGGAUAUGAAGACAGCUGUGCUCUUGCUAAGAAUUUUAAUAUAAACCAGAUGAAGAAUAAUAUUCGAAAUAUUUGUGACAGACUGCUUAUCUGCCAGAUCAUCUUCAGUUCAGAGACCAUGUGACAAUCCAAGGAACAACUUCAAAGAUACUUCUAAAAGAUUCUUCAGCAGUUACAAUGCUUGGAGAUAUUCAACUGAACAUGCCACAUACACAUCUUAGAGCCCAGGAGAGUAAAUCUGAAGAAAUGCAACUGGAAAUGGAUUCAGGCUUCAAAACAAUGUGGUACCUAAAAGCAAAUCAUAGAUGGUGUGUGCUCAUUACUCUAACAAAAAACAUACUACAGAAGAGUUGCACUAAGUACACAAGGUGAUUCAACAAUUCAUUUAAUAUCAAUAAAAGAAUACUGAUGACUGGAGUAGCCUAGCAAUGUCUAUUUCGAAAAUUAAAUAGAAAAGGUAAACUAUGAAAUGCUACAGUAACUGGACAUGAAUCGGAUUUAUAAUAGAAGCCUGAAAUAAGGUAAACUACUGAUAAAUCAUGUGCUGUUGGCUGUAACAUAUGGAAACUAAGAAAAGAUUAUAACAAAAUUGUGGCAUCCUUACGUGAGACUAAUGAAGAUGAAGAAUUUUUAAAUUUAGAUUGCAGUCAUGCUGCUCAAGAGUAUUCGAAAUCUGUGUCACUACUAAUUGCUAUGUUCAUUAGAAAUAAAUAAAUAAAUAAUAUGUCAAUAACAUUUGUGAUAUUUUAAUCAUUAAGUACACCACAUCCACAGGAAACGUGAUAAGUACAGAUAAUAUGUGAAUCAUUCCUAGGUAUAAAUUGCGAAGUAACGAAAGACUUGACACAGAGUAUUAAAUAUCGUGAAACAUGUACUAUAUUCUCCUUACUGAACUGGAAACUAUCAGCUUCACAUCCUGUAAAUUACAGGGAUUACAGACAAGUGAAAUACUGAGUCUGGAAAGAAAAUUCAACGAUUUAAAUUUACAAAACAGCAAACAAGAACAUUUUUUUGAAGUUGAUACUCAAGGAAUUAACAUUCUAAAUAUUUUAUCUACCGAAGAUUACCGUUAUAGGAUUAUAAGCCAAUCUAUGGCAAUGGAGAAAACUAAUAUUGGCGGCAGGACCAUACAAGUGCAAAAGAUAGUGUGGACAUUAGGAAGAACAUAAUGUACAAAACCAAUUAAUUUAUUAAUAAAGAAAUAUAAAAAUAUUAA